AUGGUCCUACUUCAGCGAUCAGCUGUUAGCGGCCGCAUUGUUUUGUUUAUUUUAUUGACCAUGUCGGAAGCCGAAGAAAAGUGUCACUUCUGUAAGGAUGUACCCUUCAAAUAUUCAUGUCCCAAGUGCAAUGCAUUAUAUUGCAGUGUGGGAUGUUACAAAUCAAAGGAGCACCUCAAAUGCUCUGAGGAGUUCUAUAAAUCCUGCAUUCAAGACGAACUGUCCGGAGCCAAGGCAACGCAAGAAGGUCAAGAAGACAUGCGGAAAAUAUACCAUAUAUUGAAGAGAAUGCGGGAAACGGAUGGUGGCUUCAAUCCGCAGGACUUUGAUGCAGAUGGUUUAGAAAAUCCCUUUGAUUCCGAUGGGGGUGAAGAAGGAGAACUAGGAGAUGAUGGGGAAGAGGAUGUUUCCGAAGGAGAUCCACUUGAAGAAGACAUUGAAAACGAUAUUGUUGAUCGACUAAAAGGCGUUGACAUUAACGAUGCAGAUGAAGUUUGGAGCCGGCUAACUACUGAGGAGCAACAAGAGUUUCAGAAACUAAUCACUAACGGCGACAUUAUGAAGCUCAUGCCGGAUUACAAGCCCUGGUGGAACAAGCCCAAAAACUCAAAAAUUGUGGUUAUUCCCACACCCGAAGAGGCUGCAAAGAAAGAGAGCACUGUUCCUGAAAUAUAUGAAAAAAUUGCAAAGUUCUCAGAUAUAUGCAAGAAGGCACCUUCACCCUGCCUGCACUACAAUCUCUGGAACAUUUUGAGCGCCUAUUCGUGCGUGGCUCGCUUUUUUGCCGGCGAACAAAGAACAAAUGCCAGAGAAGCUGUUGCGCACCUGGUAAAUCUUAGUGCCACCUUAAAGUACGGCACCAACUUCGAAGAUGCAGAGGACGCCAUCGUUUCUGUCGAGAUGGAGGCCAUAACCACGGGCAAUGGACCUGCAGGUGCGGCAGCCGUAGGAAGUGCCGGUGCAGGGGCAAAUUUCCUAGUCGAGAGCAGGGAGCAGUUGCAGCAGGAUGCACGCCAGUUAAUGGCGACAAGGCAAAACAAAUUGGCAGCCCUCAGUGAUUUGCUUCACUUGCUACAACAGACAAAGGCUAUGAGCCGGCGAAAGAAUCCCCAGGAAGCCGAGUUCCAGAAACUAUUCGCUCUGGCCAGCGGAAGUGUAGAACUUGAUCGCACGAAACUGGCGCAGCUGGUUCGAAAGAUCGAAUUCAUGCUGUCGUAUGUAGCACGGGAAGAGGUCCUGUGAGAUUUCUGUCAAAAUAUAUUUUCCUAAAUU